AUGGCGUCCAACCUGGCUCCUGCCGCUCCUUACGGGACCGCACAGCUUGGUUCCAGAUGGCCUGGCCCCAAUUCUCUUUCCACAAUCACAUGCUGCUACAGGGAGGACUCCGUCAGCACCCUGGGCCUGAUUCUCGGCGUGGGCCUGUCGCUGCUGCUUGUCUCUAUCCUGGGCUACAGCCUGGCCAAGUGGUACCAGCGCGGCUACUGCUGGGAGGGGCCUAAUUUUGUCUUCAAUUUGUACCAAAUUCGGAACCUGAAGGACUUGGAGGUGGGGCCACCGUUCACCAUCAGCGGCCACAUCGGUGGUCCGGAUGGGGGCUACAUGAAGUUCUCCAAUGGGCUAGGCUGAUGGGGGAGCCUAGCCCAGCUUUGCGGGCCUGGGAGAGGAGGAGGCUCCUGGGCCAGCAGCAGCUCCCAAGCAUUCCUGAG